GCCAUGACCAUCACUUCAACCUAUGAAUCGCGCCGACCCGUACCUUCGUCCCUUCUUCUCAACACACCACUCCAAUGGCCGAGACUUGUAUAGUCUGCCUCGGCGACCUCGCCCCCCACGACGAAGGUCCUGCUGUCACCGAAUCAUCGCUUGCGACCAUUUCGCUUGAGGAUGGGGCUGAUGUCGACUGCCAACUACACGACAAAAGCAAAGAGAUAGCUUCCGAGGGCCCCAAGGAUGACGAACUGGUCGCCCAUCUGCUACCCUGUGGCCACGAUUUACACAACGACUGCCUCAAGCCUUGGGUUGAAAGGGCAAAUAGUUGUCCGAUAUGUCGAGCCAGUUUUAAUAUGGUCGAGCUUAGCGCGCGUGUUGGAGGCCCGAAGCUAUCCGAAUAUACCGUGCAAGACAAACAACAAGUCGCCGAGAUCGACCCGUCGAUGAUCAUCGAGGACGACUACACACUUGAAGAAGACGAUGGAAGCUAUGACGCAUGCAUGGUCUGCGACGAGUUUGGCGAUGCGUCACAGCUCAUGUAUUGCCACAGCUGUGAGCAACUCUGUCACGUCUUCUGUGCUGGCCUUGACCGCAUGCCAUCGCGUGGUCCCUGGUACUGCCAUGGCUGCGUCGAGAACCCUGGCCUACUGGAAGCAGCUUCCCGUCGACGACCGGCCGCUCGAGGCCCUGCUGCCUGGGUGAACGGACGAAGCCGAGUGCCUCGCCACAACCGGGCGCCAGACGAGUGGGUUGGUGUGUGGCAGAGUGUCUGGGACCGUCUCCAGUUCGACAUCGAGUUUCCCUUCGAGGAUGACGAGCAAUCUGAGAAUCCGUCUGACGUUCUAAGACGUGAGAAUCAUAUAUGGGAGCGACGUUUUGCGCUCGCGCAGCAGGUGGGAGCGGGCACUCGCUUUCGCGCUGCCGCCGACAACGUGCACGCUCGACGCCGCGGCUCCAACCGAUCUUCACGGCCGGCCAAUCGUACACUGCACCGCGAACCUCCAAGGACGCCCAAAGACCCCGAGUCGCAGGAAGAGCUCCGUGCUUGGAACCAAUUCGAGAAGGCCAGGGAGCAACUUGCACAGAUAGAUGCACAACCUGCGACCAACGCACCUAGUACUACUAGUAGUCGUCGAGGACGCAAGCGGAAGUCGGUCGAUUCGUCACCAGUCGAAUCCGAGCCCCACGAACCGCAGCCGGAGCGCAAGCUGAAGCGUCCUCGGACGCGCCUACAUAUAGACAAUGGUGAAUCAUCCUCAGCCGGAGCUCGUCGCAACACUCUCAGUCACAACAACACCCCAGUCGCAUUAGCUACAUCGCCACCAGCGGCGCCAACUGGCGACUCAUCUACUGCACCUGGCUUCCUCCAAUCCCUCCUUCAAGAAGUUGAGGUCGAUCGUUUUGCAGAACGGGACAAGGAAAUUGCGGCUCCACAGCCCAGACGGAUCAUCGUCGAGCGCGCAUGCUCUCCUCAGAAUUCGUCGCCUGGGCUAUCGCCUGUUUACCAAAAGCCUCUUGGCAUGACCACUCCACCGCCACUCAACCUUGGUCGUUUAACGUCGCCUGCUCUAAAAGACGAGCAACUUUCACCCACGUAUUCACCUUACUCGCCGGCUGAUGAUGACCGAGUCGGUCGUCGCAGACUCGCGCAUCGCUCGGCUGGUCUCAGUAGCCCGCCUCGCUCCAAGGACUCGUCACCGUCCAGUCCCGCACUUUCAUACUCGACCAAGGCCGAACUGCAACGUAUGGUCACCGCUGUUCUCAAGCCGUUAUACCUGAAGAAAGAAGUUACGAAAGAAGAAUAUACCGAUAUCAAUCGCGACGUCUCACGCCUACUGUAUGAGAAGGUUGGUGAUGCUGGCGCAGAUGCGCUAGCAGAUCAAGGUACAAGAGAGAAAUGGCAACAGAUGGCGAGUGGCGAGGUAGAGACCGCCGUAAGAUCCCUACGGGCUAAUGGCGCGGUAGCUCUGUCUCCCACUACCGAGGAUUCCGCUUCGUCGUCGUCGUAGCAUACUAUCGCUCAUCCCGUUCCAUGUAAUGUUUUCAACUGGCGUUCCAGCGUUCUUCCCUACCCAUGACUGCACACUUCAUCUCGGCGAAAUCUGGGUGUUAUACGGAAAGACGGAUAUGAUACCAUGGGAUUUGGCCUUUUACGCAUGGAGUUGAGAUUAGGGUAGAGCACCCGUUAUGUGAUCAGAUAUAUUAUGAAGAACAAUUUCAGCUCGACGGGAAGCCCCGCGCUGCAAUCAACCACAUGUGUGGAUGAGGUUCCGGCCUACUCCAACGCGUACCAUUCAUCCAGCC